UUCUUUGCACUUCCACCAACUACACUUGUUUGCCCCCCUCUUUUCUUGUUUUUAGGGUUUUUAUCACUUCAAUUUCUUCUUUAAAAUUUCAUUACUUAAAGUCAAGAUUUCACUCUGUUGUGGGUUUCAGUUUAUAUAGCUCUGAAAUGAAGGAAAGAGACGAGCAUUUGUGUGCAGAAGGCAUUUGCAUUCUCUAUCUAGUACAGUGUUCUUGAAGCAGCAAAUACUUUUUGGUUGAUCCUAUAUGAGUAGUAGCUUCAUGAAUAACUAAGGUUUGUAUAAGAAGUUGUAGCUUUUGAAUUCCAAAUGGAUGACAACGGGCAUCGUGACAAUGGGAGACAAAAGCAGCCUCAGGGUCAGUGGUUGAUGCAGCAACAGCCAUCAAUGAAGCAGAUAAUGACGAUUAUGGCUGAACGUGAUGCGGCCAUUCAAGAAAGAAACUUAGCCAUGUCUGAAAAAAAGACAGCACUGGCUGAGAGGGACAUGGCACUCUUACAACGGGAUUCGGCUAUUGCAGAACGAAAUACCGCCAUCAUGGAACGUGACAAUGCCAUUGCCACUUUACAAUACAGGGAGAACUCCAUGAACAAUAGCAACAAUACAUCCUCAUCAUGUCCACCAGGAUGCCAAAUUUCCCGUAAUGUAAAGCACAUACACCACCCUCAACAGUACCUACAAGACGAUACCAGUAGCGGCGGUCAUGGUGACGGUGAUGGUGGACCACCAACAUCUCCGCCUGCACCAGAACAACCCAAGUCCAGAAGAACAAAACGCCCAAAGGAUGCCAAAUCAGUAUCAACUACCACUAAGAAAGCUUCAAAUACAUCAAAAAAGGUCAAAAUGGAAUGUGACGACUUGAACAAGGCGAUGUAUGAUGACAGCCAUGACUGGAAUGAUGGUGGUGUUGAUGACCUCAACCAUGGGGUUAAACCGGAAUGGAAAGAUCAAGACCAUGGGCUCAACCAAGUGUCUUAUGAUGAUACAACCAUGCCUAUACCUGUGUGCUCUUGCACAGGGGUGUUUAGGCCUUGUUACAAAUGGGGUAACGGUGGUUGGCAGUCAUCUUGUUGCACGACCACCAUAUCAAUGUAUCCCUUACCAUCACUUCCUAACAAACGACAUGCCCGUAUUGGUGGAAGGAAAAUGAGUGGAAGUGUAUUCAAUAAACUAAUUAGUCGACUUGCUGCUGAUGGUCAUGAUUUGUCGAAUCCAGUUGAUCUAAAGGAGCAUUGGGCAAAGCAUGGGACAAAUAGGUACAUCACCAUUAAGUAAAAAUGUCUAGGUAUUUAUGUUGUUUUUGGUUUGAGUGAACAAGAAUUGGUAUGUUGUUACCAUUUAGAUUUGUAUGUAUUCAGAGAUAAGAUCUAAACCAGGUACUGAACCUUGAAUUAA